CCGGCAAGCCGGGGGAGCCCAAUGAGCGCUCUGCGGCGGUGCCGAGGGGACCAGCCAUUUUGCUUAGGGAAAACAAUGUGACAUAUUCUGCUGUGCUAUACCGGGGAAUAAACAACAAUCCCGUCGGGAGACGCAGAAGAAGCGGGCAUAUUAACUCUUGCAUGUGAGUUAAAUUAAUUUCUUGAGAGAAACCUUCAUAAAGGGCUAAAUACACAAGGUCUACAUACACAGAAAUUUCUUUCUGCUGCAUUUGAGACACAGCUAAACCCGUCUGUCUGGAAAUCUGAAGACUUUUAUAGCAAAUCCUCCAGUGUCAAAAUGAACACAGAUAGCGGUGGGUGUGCUCGCAAACGCGCUGCAAUGUCUGUCACACUAACAGCUGUGAAGAGGGUUCAGAGUUCUCCAAACCUAUUGGCCUCAGGAUCUGAUUCUCAGUCUCCAGAUUCAGCUUGGCGAUCUUACAAUGAUGGCAGCAGAGAGACACUGAAUGGGGAUGCUAGCAGCUCAUCUCUUUCAGCAAAAGGCUUCAGGAGCGUGCGGCCAAACCUACAGGAUAAAAAAUCCCCAACUCAGGCACCUCUGCCACCUCCUAGAAAAGAAAGCUUUCGGAAAGCAAGAGUAACUAAUCCCGAGAACGAGAUUAAUCUCCAGGCAGGAACUGCUGGCCCAGCUAAACACCUCCUCUCAGAUACUGCCUAUUUCACUAGUGAGACGUUUGUGCAGGAGACAAUGUCUUCUCAAGUAUCUAACACAAGUGUGUCCUAUGCACAGAAAAUCAUUAAACCCCUGCCCUCAGUCUCCAGUGCAGACACAGGCACGGGAGCUGGCAUUAGCACCACUCUCCAUCAAGGCCAGAGGCAGCAGUCUCAAAAACGUAAAAUAUCCACCCUGAAAUUAACCCGGACCCGUGAGCCAGCGAGUGGCAUUCCUUGUCAUUCCCAGCAACAGCCCAAGCCUGGUGAAGAGCCAGUGUUGUCACAGAGGCCUGUCUCACCUGCCUGUAACCCCAUGCCUGAGAUACACACAGCAUCUCUUUCCGUUCAGAUAGUUCCCACCCCUGACAAUAAAGCAGAGCCUGAAAUCCAAGAUCAUCCACCUAGUAUUUCUCCAGACACUUCAAAGAUGUCUUCAAAGGAUUUGGGACAAAAGUCUACAGUUCUUCCUUCUUCACAGGCUGCAGAAUGCCAUGUGCUUGGAAACCAGAAAGUAACUGCCCCUGUGAUGGAGGCUCAGAUCACAGUGAAUGGGAAUUCUGGCACUGCUGCCAGCCCAGUGAGUCACUUUCAAAGGCCUUUUUCCCCUUCUUCAGCUUACCCUCCACCAGCUUCACUCAAUUCCAACAUUGUUAUCAUGCAGCAUGGCAGGAUGAUGGAGUCCACAGAGACAUACUCACAGCAUGUUCAGAAUGUUGGCACCACCACCACCACCAGUACAAUACCAAUCUGUAGAUCCUCAGAAGAAGAAAAAAAAAUCACAGUAAUUAAAGCUCCACAUUAUGCAGGGAUUGGCCCGGUAGAUGAAUCUGGAAUCCCUACAGCAAUUAGAACGACAGUUGACAGGCCAAAGGAUUGGUACAAGACUAUGUUCAAGCAAAUCCAUAUGGUUCAUAAGCCUGAUGACGACACAGACUUGUAUAAUACUGCAUAUGCAUACAAUACUGGUAGCUACAGUCCAUCCUUCUCUGCUCAGGCACACCCAGCUGCAAAGACACAGACAUACAGACCACUGUCCAAAAGUGCUUCUGACAGUGGCUCCGAUGCCUUUAAGGUCUCAUCCCCUUUGCCACCCCACGUGCCACCACCAAUACCACCACAUCGUAUGAGGCAACGCUCCACACCAGAAAAGAACGACUGGGACCCUCCUGACAGAAAGGUAGAUACUCGCAAGUUCCGUUCUGAACCAAGAAGUAUUUUUGAGUAUGAGCCGGGAAAGUCAUCGAUCCUUGAGCACGAACGACCGGCUUCCUUAUAUCAUCAUUAUUCAACAGACAGAGGCCUGGACAGGCCCUCCAGUUCUGCAAGUACUGCGAGUGACUACAGAAAGCGAAGGAAGUCAGAGCCUGCUGUGAGUCACCAGAGGGCACACAGUGACCAGAACGCCAACAGACCUAACCUGGGCCGUACAGACACACAGGGCUCAUGUUCCACCCUUAGAAAGCCUUUAACUAGCUCAUCUCCUUCUUCUCCAUCACGAGCUAAAGGUGGGGAUAUUAGCAAAGUAUAUCCAUCCCUUUUAAGUUACUCAGUGCACAACCACAACACCUCAAAUGAAUUAGAUUACUGUAGCACUUACAGACAACAUUUAGCUGUUCCAAAUGAUUCAAGAAGGGCAACCAGCUACAAGAAUGGCUGGCAAAUGACUCGCCAAAAUGCAGAAGUCUGGAGUAGCACAGAGGAAGCUGCUUCUCCAAAGAGGAAAUCUCGUAGCUGUGAUGACCUGUUGACAGAUGAUCACGAUAGCUAUCCCGAUGCACAGGCCAAGGCCGAAAGCAUGGGCUCUCUGUUAUGUGAGGAGGACUCCAAAGAAAUUUGCUCAAUGAACUGGAACUCCCCAUACGCUGAGGGCCGUGGUAGCGGUAGGUCAAGAGUUCGUCACAGAUCUGCGCACGAUGCUCCAGGUUUCCUGAAGAUGUACAAAAAGAUGCACCGCAUCAAUCGCAAGGACUUGAUGAAUUCUGAGGUGAUUUGUUCUGUCAAGUCCAGAAUACUGCAAUAUGAAAAAGAACAGCACAAAGGUAUUCUUCAAGGCUGGAGAGAGUCAUCUACUGAGGAGGUGCCCAGAGACAUGGUGCCAACCAGAAUAUCUGAAUUUGAAAAGUUAAUUCAGAAGUCGAAAUCAAUGCCGAACCUUGGUGAUGACAUGUUGUCAACAGUUACAUUAGAGCCUCCUAAAAAUGGCUUGUGUCCAAAGAGGCGGUUUUCUAUCGAAUCCCUGCUGGAAGAAGAAACUCCAGUCAGACAUCCCACUCAGGUACAACGGAGCUACAAGUCUAAAACCCUGGUGCCAAUUCAUAUUGAAGUGACCAGUGAUGAGCCACAGCGAUCACAUAUAGAUUUUUCAGACAGCGAUCAAGACGGGGUGGUUUCUGAUCUCAGUGACUUUAUCCAGAUAGAGGGUUCAUCCUUUUGUAGUGAAAGUGACUUUGAUCACUUUUCCUUCACUUCAUCUGAAAGCUUUUAUGGAUCAGGCCAUCACCACCACCACCAUCACCACCACCACAGGCAUCUCAUCAGCUCCUGCAAAGGGCGAUGCCCAGCAUCCUACACCCGCUUCACCACCAUGCUAAAACAUGAAAGGGCUAAGCAAGAAACCACUGAAGAUCCAAGGAGACAGGAAGCAGAAUCUGGCCUGUCUAAGAUAGCAUUCCUCGUCAGUCCAGUGCCUUUCCGGAGGAAAAAAAGUGCAGCUCCUAAAAAACAAACUGAAAAGAAAAAAUGCAAGUCAUCUGUGUUUGAAGCACUAGAUUCUGCACUUAAAGACAUCUGUGACCAAAUCAAAGCUGAAAAAAGGCGGGGAAGCUUGCCUGACAACAGUAUAUUACACAGACUUAUUACUGAGCUGCUUCCAGACAUUCCAGAAAGGAAUUCAUCUCUUAAAGCUCUGAAAAAGAGUCCCACGCACCAGCCUUUUCAUCCACUGCCUCAAGAUGGUGCUAUCCAUUGUCCACUGUACCAGAAUGAUUGUGGAAGAUUACCUCUUAGUGCCUCUUUUCCAGACAUGGAUGCAACUAACAACAAUGAUAGUGCACUGUGUUUCCAAGUAGACCAGGAGUCUCCUGGAAGCUAUUCUUCUGCUUUCACUGAUGUGGGACGAUGUACUCCAAGGGAGAGAAGAGGAACUACAGACAAAGAGAAACUGCCAGCUAGAGCUGUAUAUGACUUUAAAGCUCAGACUUCUAAAGAGCUGUCCUUUAAGAAAGGAGAUACUGUCUAUAUCCUCAGGAAAAUUGAUCAAAACUGGUAUGAGGGUGAGCACCAUGGAAGAGUUGGAAUAUUCCCAAUUUCUUAUGUUGAGAAACUUUCUCCCCCAGAAAAAGCACAGCCUGCCAGGCCACCUCCCCCUGCACAGAUUGGAGAGAUUGGAGAAGCUGUUGCCAAAUAUAAUUUCAGUGCAGACACAAAUGUGGAGUUAUCACUUAGAAAGGGAGACAGAGUAAUUCUUCUUAAGCGAGUUGAUCAAAACUGGUAUGAAGGUAAAAUACCAGGAACCAACAAACAAGGCAUCUUCCCUGUCUCCUAUGUAGAAGUCAUCAAAAAGAAUCCAUCAAAAGGUGUAGAUGACUAUCCUGACCCUCCAAUACCCCAAAGCUAUUCUAGUGACAGAAUACAUCAUUUAAGUUCAACUAAGUAUUUACUGAAGCAAUGGAUAUCUACUGAUGCUGUGUACGUAUGACUCACCAGUCUCUCGUUCUUAGAAAAGGACGUUUCUUUUACCAGAAGGAUACUUCAAUCAAUAUUGUGUAACGGUACUCAAAGCAUACUCUUGUGUACUGUGCUGUCACUAUUUCAAAAGCAUUGUUGAUUGCCUAUGUCCAGUUUGAACUGAAUGUACCUUUCACAAAUGUUGACAUCAUUUUGAACUAAUAGGGUUAAUUUUGAAAAACAAAUUCAUUCUGAAUUCUCAAUUUCAUUCAUUCUGAGCAGCAGCUCAUGCCUUAAUAAAAGUAUGCAAUGUAUUAAAGAUGUUUCUUAAACAUUUACUCAGAAAUAUUAAGAAAAAUAGAAGUAUUAACAUUUUAAUAAUUAGAAAUUACCUUGGUGGUUGUACUUAGAAAGAAGUAUUUAAUAACACCUGAAGCGUACUUCUGAAAAUUCUAUUCUCAAAAUAAGAGUAAUGUUUUGGGAAAAAUUUAUUAUUAUUAUUAUUAUUAAUUGUAUGAUUUAAUAACCUGUGACAGGCUCACUAACAGAGCACCAUGAGUAACAUAACUUCAACAGAUCAAAUGCAGUUGCCUUCAUGAAUGUAAUGAUUCAGAUCUGUCUUCAUGUUUGACAUUUAUGCCCUAAGCCAGAACCUGAUAGUUUCAUGUUUCAAAUGUCUUUCCUGCUGUUCUGAUUCAUAGAGUAGUGAUUUCAGACACUCAUGGUCACUGAAAUUGUACCCUGUAAUCCAGAUGAUGGCACAGACAUUUUUCUUUUCCAGUUUUCUCAUAUCCUAAUUCUCUGUCAUGCUUAUCUAUUUCAAUUCCCAUGUUUUUCUUAUUUUUGAAGUUGCCUUCCCAAGCACUGACCCCACUUUCCAGACAACUUCCGUCGUCUUGGUCACACAUUGAUCAAAAGAUUCUCCAGGUUGACUGUAGUGACUUGUUCUCAAGGACUGUUGGGUUUUCACCUUCAGGCAUGUGCAGCUUAACUUCUCCAUCAGUUCCAGACGGUUUUCUUUGUGACUUAGAAGAACUCAAUUCCUUGGCAUUAGCAACCUCCCAGACUGUAGCAAUCUCCCCAGGUAAUAGCAUUCACCAUGUUAAGGAUGGUCACUUUAUGCCAAAUACAGAGGUGUUUCUCAGCUCUCCUACAGAUCUCCCUCUGUCCUCUCUUGUAUCUCCCUCUGUCUCAUCUUCAGCCAGCUCAUCUUAUGACAUAACACAUAAGCAUGUCAGCAACAAUACCAAGUCAGGAAAAGAUAAAGACUUAGAAAGCAUAAUUGAUUGUUUAGUUAUUGAAGUACCUAGAGAUUUCUCAGAUGCUACAAGAGAAGGUGAACACGGUGCUAUGCAUAACAUCCCUUUGCCAUAUGAAGAAGGUUCCUUGUCCAGUGUGCUAGCUGCAAGUGCUGAAAACAAAGAGGAAAUCUGUACUGCAGACCUUUCACUUAAUAAAGAGGAUCAGUCAGAAUCUCAAGAAUCAGAUUCCUCUGAAGAAGCACAAGACAAAACAGAAGAACUGACUAGACUGUAUAUAGAGGAGGAUCUGGUACAUGACAAUUUAGAAUUCCCAAUAGCAAGUGGAGAAGAUUCUAUGGAUUGUUAUGAAGGAUAUACUUCACCAGAUAUUUUUAAGGUAUUUUAAUUUCUGACUUCUGUGUUCAGAUAACUUAGUAUAAUUAUUCUCUGCCUUGUAUCUACAUGUUUGUAUUGUGCACAGGCACACUUUUAUAUAAUUGCAUUUGAUAAAACUGAGCUCUGAGCAAGAUGGUUUAAGAAGAAAGGUGUCCCUGCCCAUGGCAGGGAGGUUGGAACUAGAUGAUCUUUAAGAUCCCUUCCCACCCAAACCAUUCUGAUUCUAUGAUUAAACAUUGUCAGCGUUAGGGGGCAGUCCCUUCUCAGAAGCAGGCAUAUGCACUAUUGUAAAUUCUAUGAUGUAUCAAUUGUGUAGUCCUUUCCCUCUUGCCCCUGCUAUUUGCUGAGGAGUUUCUGAUGUGAAAAGCCAGCGAACCAUUUCCCUCCCCAGCCCAUUGCGUGCUGCCCCUUUUGAGAGAGGCCCCAGCAAGCAAAUGCUGUCAGCAGCCUGCAGAGGGAGGGACGUGUGCCUGCUGCAGAGACUCUGCGGUUUGUGCUUGGCAUGUGUCAGCUCACAGCUGAUGUAUUUAUAGCAGGCUCUGUUACAAGGAUCUGACUAACAGUAACAGAUCAGAUUAUGUUUGGCAGUUACACAAAUGCUUCCUCCCGGUUCCUCUUUGGGACCCUACAUCACUGAGCUACCCCAAAUGUGUGCUGGCCAUUAAAUGCCACAAUGUAACUAUACAGUUUGUGUGGCUCCCAGGCAUAGCUCUCUUUUCUGUUCAGCACUUACUUCAACAGACUAUUCAGGUAGUUACUUUCACUGACAGCAUGCAUGUCAGGUGCUUAGGACAGUAUGUUUUAGACCAAAUGUUAAACUAUUUAAUUACAUUUUGCCCUUUAAUUACAUUCUACCCUUAAAUGACCUGAAAAACAAAGAAGAAAAAUUAAGAAUAGAGGAGAAAUCCAUGGCCACAAAUGGCAUCAUUUUAAUGCUUUCUGAGGCAAGAUAUGUCUUCCAGAAAAGUAGAUGACUAAUAAUAAGAUUAGCGUGAGAUUUGUGAUUGUUGAGGUUAGUUACAUGUCCCCUUACUGAGCAUUUGACAUCCUUCAGCUGAUUUUGGAACACAGUUUUAUAGCAGAGCUACUUCUCAUACUUCUUAAACAUUUAAGCCAGCUCUGCUUUCUGCUGGAACAUCAAGAGACUGAUCCUCUUUUCCAUCUUUCCUCUAAUCUUCCAUUUCCCUCUGCCAAGGCACCUACUUCCCACUCCGUUCCUACAAUAUCCCUGUCUACUGCUUCCCUCUCAGCUCCUCUCCUCUCUAAACACUUAGAGCAGCAGGAGAAAGAUUCACUACAGUUAAAGGUAACUGCACCCCUUGAACAUGGAUUGUUGUAAAGCUUCGUGUCUAUUAAAUAACUGCAAGGCUAACACUUGUUUGAGUUUGAUCUUCUCAGAUGUACUGCUUUCUCUACUAAUACUAAAUAACAUAAGAAAUGGAGGAUUGAUAGGCGUUUUUCAAGUGAAACACAAGGUAAAGCUAUAACCAUUGUGAUACAAUUCAAUAGAUUAGGAGAUACCAAUGAUAGGAAAGCAGAAAGCCUUCUACUCAAUUUCAGGUUCAUACCAGGACAGCGGUGUAACUGAGUUAAUUGAAUGAAACCGAACUGUAUUCAACUAGGCAAAAACUAGAUAACAUUUGUGUUUCUGUUUUCAAUUUCAAUCCAAAGCCUGGGAGAAAAGUCAUAAAUUUCACAGGAAAGCACCACUGCUGAGGGUCAUGUUCUAAAUACCAAUUCUGUUAGUCGAGGACUGGACAAAGAUUAUUCCCUCUUCAGGACUACAUUUUGUGUCAGCAUUGAAGCUCUGUGGCAGAAAAAUGAAAACUUGGUCUAGAAAGACAAAGUUAAUUUGCAGUACUAACUUCCAGAAGAUUUGUCUGCUCAUGAAUAGGAGAAAAAGUAAUGUAAAGAGAAACUAUCCUAGAAAAGUGAUCAUUCCAUCAUUACAUCUAUAUCAUAAAUGCCCUCCUUUUUUUUUUUCUUUUCUUAAGAUCUACCCCAUUUUACAAUGUGCAUUCACAGAAAAAACAGACAUAAUGGACCUAAAGUGGUCUUAAGAUCAACAAAUCUGUUGGGUUUUUUUCUGAAGCAGGGAAGAGACAUAAGGCUUCUUUCCAGGGCAUGAAUCUGUCAUGAGCUUAGGUUUCUUCCACCUCAAAGAAGAGUAAAAUAGAGUGCUGCACUUGUGUCUGCAGCUUUUAAUAAUGUAGCAGUUGGCAGAGUGCUUUUGCUUAGCCUAACCAGAAAAAUUAAGAACAUUCCUCAUCUACACUGAAAUUCUUUUUUAGGUGACCUGUAUAUUCCUUGCCCUUAUUUGAGCAAGGUGAAAAUAAACAGAAAUUCAUAGAAUCCAAGCUGAAAAUAAAUAGAAAUAAUAUAUGUUCUUGAAACAGUAUAUGCAAACUUCAGUAACUUUUGUUAAUUUAAAAAUACAUAUGUACACAUACACACACACAUAUAUAUAUAUUUGCUAUGUGGCUUAAAACUAAAUGGAAUACAAGGAGCUAUGGGUGGGAAGUGUCAGUUUGCAUUUUGUUGGUGGGAGGGAUGUGUGCUCCAAAAAAA